AUGAAUGCAAAAUCUAUUAAAAGCAAUAAAUAUAAAACCAAGUUAAGCUAUAAUCGUGAUGUAGAUGGGUCAAGUAGUUCUGAUGGUAGUAUUACUAAUGAUAACAAGUAUCAUAUCGCAAUUUGUCAAAAUGGGAAAUUUGUCGCUACAUUCGAUACCGAAACUCUUCAAAUUAAGUUGUUGGAGAACACCGAUAGUAUUUAUGAAAUGAUUGAACAAUUUAAAAUAGGCCGUGAUUUCACUAUAUCUCAAGAACGACAACACACUAUAAUUGUCGAAGGAAAAGAAACCACAUCGACUAAUGAUGAAAAUUUUGGAUGGUCUAUCGAUAUAUCGAAUUUAUACACAAAAGACAUGAAAAUAUAUGAUCUGGAAAAAAUGGAAUUAGAAACUGAUGCAAGACUAGUUGAAAAUAUUGUAAAUCAAUACAAUAAUUAUGAGACCUUUUCAGUUAGUAGGUUACAACUUUGUUUUACUCAAGUUAAUAUUGUAAAUUUAUUUCAAAUGGAAAAUGGUUUACAAAUCGCAUCAAAAAAAUUUAAUGAAAUAGAAAGAAUAUAUUUAUUGGAAUUUAUUGAUGGUGAUGAUAGAUUACUUAUAAUAGGUGAAGGUCUGAAAGAGGGAAAUGAUUUAGAGAAAGAGCUGAAGUUUAUAGUUUGGGAUUUGUAUGAUACUGGAAAAUAUGAAUUAACAGAGUUAGACGAUUUUCUAAUUACUAAUGUAGAAAAUAUUCACACUCGUUUAGCUAGAACUUCAGGGAAUAUUAUACAAAUCGAUAAUUAUGGAAACGUUUCAUCGAUCCUUAAAGAAGUUAAAAAAGGAUUAGAGAAAAAGGACAAAAAGAAAAAAGCUGAAAAGGAAGAGUUGAAUAAAGCUGCAUGUCCAAAUAUAAACUUAAAAAAAGAUAUUGGAAAAAAACCAAAUGGAAAACCGGAUGAAAAUCAUACUAUAUAUUACGAUAAAAAUAUAAAUUUCAAGCCAAUAGUUAAUGACAGAGAACCAUGGGUAUUAGGUAAUUGUGAAAGAAAUUCAUAUUGUCUCUAUCAAAAUAAAUUAGAAACAGAAACAGAAUCUUUACAACUUAUUGUCGGCAGAUCAACUGUUCAAGUUUGGCAUCAAAUCCAAGAUAGUAGAAAAAAUAAAGAUGACCUUCCUAACAAAGGAGAACCAUUUCUUGAAUAUAUAUGGACAAAUCGUAUCCCGAUAAAUCAAGAAAGAGAAAAAACGAGGUUAAGAGUUGAAGCAUUUAAUUAUGAAUCAAAUGAAGGAUCACAAAUAAUUGAUUUUUAUUUAAAGGUUUAUUGGUAUGAAAGAAAUGAUAAUAAAGCUUUUAAAAAAAACGAGCACGAAAUAGUAAUAGAUGAAGAUAAAGAAAUAGAUGAAAUAGAAUUUAAGAAAAAAAAAAUUAACGAUAGUGUAAAGGUGAAAAGAAAAGAAAAGGUAAUUAAACGACAAGAUAUUAUUGAAAAAUUUCAUGCAGUAAGACACGCUUGUAAAACAUUAGAACAUUUAAAUAAGCGUUAUAAAUGUAAAUAUUUAGCAGAUAAUUACGGUAAAAUACAUAAAUAUGAGGAAAUGGUUACCUAUAUUGAACAUAUAAUCCGGAUAUUUGCUAAAUAUGAACCAGAAAAUUUUAGAUUAUUGGAUGUUCGACAUAAUCUUAUGAAAAGUUUAAUACUUGGCGAUUGCGAUCGCUUGAUAAAAUUUAUAUUAUUUGGAGAUAAAGAAGGAGCUUCUGAAAAUGAUAUUGCUUAUAAUGAACUCAGACAUAUACCAUGUAAUAGAAUAUGGCCAGGAAAAAAGUUUUUAAAAGAUGAUGACCUUGACUUUGGCGAAAAGAAAGAUUAUACGUUAAUAGAUAAUGAAAAAAUUAAACCAGAAAAUAAUAUGGAAUUAGCAAUUUAUCAUUGCAAAGGUCGAGAACUUAAAGAUACAAUUGUUGUUGCUUAUUUUUUGGAAUAUUAUUCUAGAAAUGCAACAGAUAAUGCAGAUCCUGAUGAAAUUAUUCCAAAUGAACACCUAAAAAGUCGCAAUCAUAGCAUCAAAUUUAGAGCAUUCAGACCAAUGAUCAAAAAUCUAGAAAUUAAUGAGAUUAAUAAACUUGAAUGCUACAAUUUUUGGAUUUGGAUCCCAUUCAAAUCUCUCAAAGAUUAUAUAUUCGAAAAAGUUGAAAAUUAUGAUAAUGUUCUUGGAAAAUCACCAUUAGCUUUACGUGUGGUUCCCCUUCCCGGUUUUACUAUAAAUGACAUUCCAAAAGUUCCAAAAGUUCCAAAAGAAUAUAGUCGUAAAAAAAUUAUUUUAAACAUUUUUUUAUUUUUAUUUAUACCACGAUCGUACAAGAUUCGUCCCAAUGAUAAGAAUAGGCUAAGUCCUUUUUCUAGAAUGGUACUAUAUGAGAAUAAUGAUGAUAUUUAUAACAAUCCGGCAAUUGAAGUGAUUAUCGAUUUUUAUUGGAAACAAGCAAAAAAUUUCAUGUAUUUUCUCUUCCUUCAAUUUUUUAUUUAUGCCAUUUGUUUCAUGUUAGUUAGUUGGGCAUACUUAAGUCACAGCACGAUUAUUGAUCACAAUUUUCUAUUGAUGUUAAUUAUUGUAUUUUAUUAUUUGGCACUUUGUCAACUUAUUACUGAAGUGAAACAGUUUCAUUAUCGUGGAUUAAAAAAGUAUUCAGAAAUAUACAACUUUUUUGAUAUAGUCUCUAUUAUAUUUUCUAUAACGAUAAUGUCAUUAACGCUUAAACAUUUCCAAAUUUCUGAUGGUUUUGGAAGCGCUAAAGAAGUUGAUACUGGAUUAACUGUGAGUAUAUCAUUCUCAAUUUUCUUACUUUGGGUUGAACUGAUUAUGUAUCUUCGCUUAAUAUCAGAUAUUGGCAUUUAUAUUUAUUAUGUCGUGGAUUUGCACAUACAAUGUAUGAAAACUCAAUGUUGGUUCGUAUUACUCAGAGAACCCACGAAUAUUAAAACCAAAGAUUCCACAUAUAGUGGAAAAGCCACAAAUUCUUUAACAAAUGAAACACUUGACAUUGAACUUAAAUCAGAUUUUGAUCCCACAUCUAGUGAUAAUCCGUUUACAUCCUUUUUUACAGCAAUAGAAGCUGCAUAUUUUUGGAUUAAUGGUGAUUGGGUUCAAAGGGAUGAAUUUGAUUUCUGGGUUAUUGAUGUAUAUACUUUUAUUUCUAGUUUAUUCCUUGUAAUUGUUUUACAAAAUAUCUUAAUUGCUUUUAUGAGUGGUGCAUAUGAAAAAGCAGAAGCUAAUGGUAAACAAACUUUAUUAAGAAAUCGAGCAAAUCACAUAGCAGAUUAUGAAGCAUUGUAUCAUAUUAAUUUUCGAAAUCCUGAGCCUGAACCGAAUUAUAUUUAUUACUUUGGUCAAGCUAAAUAUUUUGAAGAAUGGUAUAAUACAAGAAAAGAUGAUGAUAAGAGCGCUAUUUAUGAAGAUUUUAAAAAUGUAAGUAAUGAAUUUAGCAAUAAUAUUGAAUAUUUAAUUAAAAGAAAUGAAGGCAAAAGUUCAAUUGAUGAAUUUGAAGAAAUUUGUGAAGUUAAAAAUACGUUAGAAAUUGAAGUUAAAAAAUUUCAACUUAAAUUAGAGAAAUUGAGAGAUUUAACUGAAAGUUGA